AUGAAAAGGAGUUUAGGUGACACCUCAGCUCGCAGCACAGCAGGUUGUCUGCCUGUACCACUGUUCAAUCAGAAAAAAAGAACUAGACAGCCCCUCACUUCAAAUCCACUUAAAAAUGAACCAGAUACUGUUUCUGGGACUCGUAGUUAUGACUUCUCUCCCUCAUCAUUCGGCUGGGGAGCUGCAAACCCAGAAGUGGAUGAACUGCAGAAAGCAGCAAACAGUGGCCAAGCAGAACAUCCGAUGGCUCCUUCCCUUAUGAAACCACCAAAUGCAUCAAAGUUUAAUUUAGCAAAUGCUGGAAAAAACGUGUCUGCCUGCAGGAACAGAAAUGAAUAUACUCCUUUAAAUAAAACAGCAAAUUCAAGAUCUGAUAAUGGAACUUCUCAGAAGUUUGAGAACUUUUCCAGCAGUUUGAAAACUGUCCAGCAGCAAAAGCACCCUGACAGUCGUAACCCAUCCCAGCUCAUCAAAACAGACACAUCCAAAGGACAGUGGCCAGUGAAGCCCAACACUGUGGCAAGAAGUCUGCAGGAUCACAAUCCAGCAUAUAAAUUUAACUACAGCAGUCAGCAAAAUAAAAUGAAUGAAAACCAGUUUGGUUGUGUCCCAGAAGAUAAAAGUCAGGAAAUUUCAUCGUCUCAAGUGAAAACUAAAAUAAAAAAGAAUUCUUUGCGAAUCCUGUCUGCAGUCAUUCAGAGUGUGAGGCACUGGAGCCAAUAUGCCUAUAAAACUGCACUGUUAUUUGAAGUUUUAGGCACACUGGAUUCUGCAGUCACACCUGGAGCAUAUGGGGCAAAGAACUUUCUUCUGAGAGAUGGAAAGGAGACGCUGCCUUGUGUGUUUUAUGAAAUUGACCGUGAGCUUCCACGACUCAUUAGAGGUCGAGUGCACAGGUGCAUGGGAACCUAUGAUGCAAAAAAGAACAUUUUCAAGUGCGUCUCUGUAAGACCAGCAACUGCUCAAGAACAGAACACUUUCCAAGACUUUGUUAAAAUUGCAGAUGCUGAGAUGACAGCAUAUGUAAAAACUAUGAAUGAAAUGUAA